UAGUAAAGCGUGGCGCCGGGAGGUCGGCCGGGUGGGCGCGGCUGUGGUGGGAUGGCAGAUGAGGAGGAAGACCCCGCCUUUGAGGAGGAGAAUGAAGAAAUUGGAGGAGGUGCAGAAGGUGGACAGGGUAAAAGAAAGAGACUUUUUUCUAAAGAAUUACGAUGCAUGAUGUAUGGGUUUGGGGAUGACCAGAAUCCUUAUACUGAGUCAGUGGAUAUUCUUGAAGACCUUGUCAUAGAGUUCAUUACAGAAAUGACUCACAAGGCAAUGUCAAUUGGAAGACAAGGUCGAGUACAAGUUGAAGAUAUCGUCUUUUUGAUUCGAAAGGACCCAAGGAAGUUUGCUAGGGUUAAAGACUUGCUUACUAUGAAUGAAGAAUUGAAACGAGCUAGGAAAGCAUUUGACGAAGCAAACUAUGGAUCGUGAUAACAUUUGUACUCUGCAGUGUUGUUACCUUCUAGGGAAACCCUUAAUAAUAACUAUAUUUUCCACAAUGAGGUCCUGAUAUCUAGCCAUGGAAAUGAAAGAGAAACACAAAGUUUUUAGCAUUUAUUUUCAUAUCUUUGAUUUUAGAGUGAUAUCUGAGCCUUUACUUGCCUACCUUUAGAAUACCAUACUUGAAUUACUGACUAGGUUUUAAUGACCACACAAAUUGAAGUAACUUGCAAACCGUACUGUUCUCUCUGACUUUCGGCUAUCUAACACUGUAAAGUAGUAUUUGUGUGCCAUUUUAGGCUAUACAGUAGUUCUUUAACAUGUAAGGUCUAAAUGGCACCUUUGACUUUAUGAUAGCUGAGACAUGUUUUUCAUAUAUUCUAGAGUUUUGAGACUACAGCAGUUGAGGUAAUUAAAAGAUAGUGAACUGGUUUGUUCCUUUUAAAGGAAGAAGAUAAGAAAAUAGUCUUCUGUAGGAAUGUUUCUGUCACGGGAUAAUAUUUUUAAUAUUCCUUUUUUCAGAUGAGGGAUUUUUGGAGAAACUUAAGUUUCGUGUGAAAGCUUCUGUGUUAGAGGACUUCUUUGAUUUAAAAUCUUUUGGGUCUAUAACAUAAUUUGUCAAGAUUUAGGAUAACUCAUUUUCCCAGGUCAGAUUAGAGCUUCUAAAAAUGAAUGUUUUCAGUAUCAGGAAUGAUAAUGCUUAAAAAGCUGAUGGCAGGAAAAGUAUUUCAGGUAAUGUUUUAUUAACAUUUGUUAGUACUUGUUCAGUGUGGAAAUGUGUACUUAAGUAGAACUCUAUGUGGCUAUGGAAACCUCAUUUGUAGUUCAAGAUAUACAGGUUUUGUGUGUGUCUUUAGCUUAUUAAGUUAUUAUUGCACUUUGCUUAAAAUGAGGAUUAAAAUUGCUUUUAAAGGGAUUACUGAAUGUUACUAGUGAAACUGAACGUUUUGUCUGCCACUUAUAAAUAUUAUAAAUCAGUAACUAAGAAAAUUUUACUUUCUUAACCUAUUGGUACAAAGAAUAAAGUAUGCAAAAUUAAACAGGUCAAUACUUGAAUUUGGUUAUGUGAUUUAUCAACUUCCUGCCAUAACUGGAAAUAUGAUUUUAGCUGCUUAAUCUCAAUAAAAGCUUUUUUUCUAUAUUACUCUUAUAAUUUUUCUGAAU